GUCUGUAUCAGAAAAUUUCAUCGAAAGCAACAGGAGUCCAUAAUACAUGCAGGAAAAGAAAUUGAUAACUGGAGUUAUAUUGGGUAAGUAGGAAAUUGAACAUUUUGACAGAAUUUGAUUCAGUAAGAAAGUUUCCAUAUUUCCUAAACCGAGUUAAUUGAGAUACGUCAGUAUUAUAUUCACUUGUCAAAUUAAAAUCAUUAGUGUCAGAGCUUGACUCCCCAAUACCUAUAGAGAGGAAGCUCCUUAAGGUUAAAUCAGCAGAAAGGAAAAUACGCCACUAAAAAUGGACUCCAUUAGAAGCUCACAAAUUACUAAAGCCAUACAACGCAUAUCAGAGUCGGUGUUUGUGGGACUGUGUCGUAAAGUGGGGACCUCACAAGUGGUGGCCAUGAGGAGAGAUAUGAUGGAUAUCGAGGAGAUGGUAUUAAAUCCAAUGAUAACAAGUGAUGAGUUCAGUGGGAUGCUGAGUGGAAGUUACAAAGAAGGACUCAGACUGAAAGGAUCAGAUAUAGACACUAUGUACUGGCCAAACAAUCACCGUGUGAUCUGGGACUUAUCUCAGUCUCAGUAUUAUAACACACAAAGACAAACACUGAUCCUCUGUGACUGUUCUGAUAGUCCACCAGGAUUUACUUUGUUAUAUUUACUGUCACCUAGCAUGUAUAGACAAAUCCAGAGAGCGUGUGUUCGAAUGAAUGACAGAUAUUAUGUAUCUAGUUCUAAAUACACACAGAGCCUUAUAUAUUCAUUUCCACCACCUUAUAACGCCACUCUACAUGGACCCUGUGCCAGUGGAAAAAUUGGAACACUAGAAUAUGAUUAUGCCUUCUGUUUUGUCAGUGACUUUUGGCCUCCCUCUGCCUCCCCAUGGAUAGACAGAUGUCAUACAUGGCCCAAGCCUCAUGUUUUUGAUGAUAUAGUGAAAAAUGGAUGUCACUUUGUAGCAAUUGGACAUAAGCUAAGAAAUCAUGAAGAUCAUGAAUGGAGAAUUUCCUUCUCCCAAGCAGAACAAGAACUUUUGUAUAUAAUGAAUCACUGUCAAUUCUUAACUUACGGCUUACUUAAAUUGAUCUUAACAGAAAUAAUUAACAAUCGAGUAGGUGAUGAUGAUAAAUUACUGUGUUCCUAUCACAUGAAGACGGCAGUUUUCUGGGUGAUUCAACAAAAUGCAAAACCUCACUGGUGUCCACAAAAUCUCCUGGGGGGUUUCUGGGUCUGUUUUAAACUCAUCCUAAAAUGGGUGUAUGAGGGGUUCUGUCCUAACUUUUUCAUUCCAGGCAACAACAUGUUUCUGAGUAAAAUUCAUGGCGUUAAACAACAUCAAUUAUUUAGAAGAUUGUCAAAGUUGUAUGAAAAGGGUUUAGCAUUCCUGUUACAUAGCCCCUCCAUUAGAUCUUUUAUAAUAGAUGUCCUCUAUAACCCCAGAAACUUCAUCUGUACAGAUGAUCAUACUCUGAUUUCUGAGGAUGCUUUUGAUAUAUAUCUAUUUGGUGAAUUAAAACGUUUUUACAUACGUAUAGGCAAAGUUGACAUACAAAUUUGCAUUAGAUAUCUACAUACAAUAGAACAGAUGAUAGGUUCACCACUCCUGACACAGUAUCAAGUCAUUUGGCUACAGAACAUGACUGCUAGGGUCCUUCAGUACACUGCGUUUAUUAUACCCGACACACCUGACAACAAACUGAGUUAUAGAGCUGACAAAAUGUCCUGUCACAUGCUGAAAUUAGCAGCCAAGUUUGGUUGUAUUACAUACAUGCUGUACAUAGCCAUGUAUUAUUACAAGACACUGAGAUACACAGAAGCUUUAUCUAUUAUAGAGAUAAUCAAGGUCAAGUUAGCACAGCCAUAUGUGAUAUAUAGGUCAAAUGUAGAUACAGAGAUGUAUACUGAGGCUGUAGGGAUACAGUCUUGGUCUACAAAGAUGAGACAGGCUCUGGCAUUACAUAUCAGACUUCACAAUGACAUCAUUUACAUCAGUGAACUGAUUCCUGAACAACAGUCUGCUCUACAGAACCAUUUUCUUUUAUUGAUUGUACCACCCUUUAUCCUGUUACACAUGCUAGAGAUCGUGUGUUACAGACAUGUAGACACAGUGCGAGUACAAACAGCUCUAGAUGAUCUACAGAACCUAGUUCACUAUGAUCAGGGACAGUAUAUACCUUUACGUCACAGACACAGCUCGUAUAUACGGCUUAUACCUUUACAAUACAGAGACAUAUCGUGGCAGAUUCUGGGGAUCUGUCAACAGGUGACAGGGAACCUCCAGGCUGCUCUAUACUCAUACCAACAAUCUCUCAGACAGGAACCAACCCACAAAAUACAAACAGCAACAGAAAUGAGAAUACUGAGUUUGUCAAUGGAUUCCCUUAAUUAA